GGGACCAGAGGCACCAAAAUACAUUUUCGCCCAGGGCACCAUUUUCCCUAAGGCCGGCCCUGGGUGGCCACUGAGCAGGGGAGUGGGGUGGGGCAUAAAUAGACUCUCUCCCAUGUGAAACCACCAUGUGAUUUCCCUGCCGCCUGUCACAUCCCAUCUCCAUCGCCAGCCGGGUCCGGGGAGGGAAAUCUUACGUCCCCCCAUCGAAUGAGCAGCUCCAGCCUCACCCUGCAGACGCCAAUGGCAAGCUCAGGGGCUCCCCUGGUUUUAUCCUUAACGGGGGGGAAAUUCCUCCACGCUGGAGCACUCACCGCUCUGCAGCUGCUGCCCAAGCAGAGAGGUCCCAGGCCACUGGCUCUCUGUAUUUAUCCAGCACCCAUGGCUCUGGGAUCCAGUUGCCAAGACAGAUUUGCUAUGGAGCGAGGCUUCCCAGCAACCUGGGCAAUCCAUUUAUGGCAGCAAUGGAGGAGAGGUGACAUUCCCCCGGAGGGUAUUUGGGAGAGAGAGAGAGAGGCCGUUGCCGUUCACACUAGGAUCUCAGCCCCAAACAUGCUCUCCCGAGGCAGCUGCCUGGUCUGCCCCAUGAUGCCUGAAUCCCCUUCUAAGCUCACAAGCCUGUAGGACUUGGACCACUAAUAAGCCUCCCGGCAGGCCAACAAGCCCCCAAAGAGCCCGUCUGCCUGUAACGGCCGGUCACAUGCUGCCGCAGAAGGAGGAAGGAAGGAUUUGUGCUGCCUCAUUGUACUGCAGGCAACAUCCAAUAGCUUCAGGGAGCGAAACUCCCUUUGGCCCCAGCCCCUGGAGCUUGAGGAUGAGUCAGGUCAGGGAGCAGCACAAUGAGAACUAAAACAGAGACUUGUUCAUGCUGGCAAUGCCACCCCACUGCUUGCUGUGGGGUGAGAGGCCCCCAUGGUCAAAACACACCCAGGCUAGAGCUCGCUCUGUAAGCUGCACCAGUGCUGAAGAGGGUCCGGCGCUCCCGAGGGGGUAGGAAAGGGAACAAGGACGACAGAAAGCUGGGGUCACUCCUAAAAUAACCCACCUGCCUUUGAAUAACCUGGGCAAACCAGCGAGACAAGAGCCCCCGUGGCUGCCCCUCCUCAUCCACCCAGAGAAGCAGCUCAGAGUCAGCGCUCAGGAAAACCCGAGGGGUGUAAAAAUAGUGCCAGAGCAGCACAGCUCAUACGCUGCCUCCCGGCGGGGGCUGAGAGGUGAGCGCUCUGUUCACCACAGAGUCUGGCUCAGAGAGGCCUGGGGGGAGCCCAAAAUAGUCUUCUGGCUCUGCAGUGCUGGGGAGGCCCUUGCAGCGCGAGGCUGGAGAUGGGGCCAGGAGGGAUGGCUCAGCCCUAAGGCCCCAUUCAAUGACCUUUCCUGGUUGUCACAUGAGCAAUUCCCCCAGCAGAGCUCCAGGUACCUCCUGACUGUCAGCAAGUCAGGAGACUCCCUUCCAAACAUGCUGCCAAUUUGUAGCAGAGCCUGGCCCAGACCCAUGUUCUGGAACCAGGGCUGGACACGUCCAAAGCUUCAGCCUGGGUAUGGGCCAGGAGGUUAAAGUCUCAUCGGAACCAUGUUGCCUCCGGGUCCCCGGAGCCGGCUGUAAUUGUGGGGUAGAUGGAUGUUCCAUGCUGCUGUGUAAUUACCUCCCUGAGACUCAAGGGGAAGAUAUUGGCUUUGGAGAUGAAAUGAGACACACCCACCCCAUGCAGUGGGACUCCAGAAAGCCCUGGGACCAUUCCCCCCUGCCCCGGCCCUUCCUGGAGAACAGCGGCUCUCCCUCACUUUGUUUGUUACUGUUGGUCACCACCCCCAUCAGCCAACGCUCAUCUCCAUCUGGGGGCAGGAAGAGGCUGCAGCUCAUUGGGCUGGGAGCAGCUGCCGGGCCGCCCUCCCGUGAGCCACGUAUGGCUGCAGUCGCCAUCAAGAUCUUGGGAGAGUCUCUAAUGAGCCUCAGCUCGUUCUAACUGAGCAGCACGGCUCUUUAAGGUUAGAAUUACCGCGUGCUGCAAAGUUGCUGGGCUAAAUAGCCUUUGCCUCCCUUAGGCUCUUGCUUACGAAGAGCCAACAACUGGCACCUCUUACGUGCGGCCACAAACAUUCUGGAGUCACACAGCCAGCCAAACCCCUUGACGCUCUGAUGCCCGAGGGGCUCUUCCUGCUGCCCAGAUGUUUCCCUCAGGCUAGUGCUCCCACUGCUUCCUUCCAUGAACGCCACCUCACUACCCAUCGUAUUUUUUUCCUUUUGUCUCUUCUCUUGCAGGUGUCACAUGGGGAACCUUCUUAAAGUGUUGACUUAUAACGAACUUGAACAAGGCCCUAAUUUUUUCCUUGACUUUGAACAUGCUCAGCCCACAGAAGCCGAGACAGCUGUGUGGAACCAGGUCAAUGCCGUGCUAGAGGAGGCACAGAUCAUCCUGGCUGAACUGCAAUCCUACACGGGGGCUGGGCUGGAGAUUCGAGAGGCAAUCCAAAAUCCCAAUGACCUCCCGCUACAGGAGAAGGCCUGGAACGCAGUGUGUCCUCUAGUGGCAAAGCUGAAACGCUUCUAUGAGUUCUCUCUUCGACUGGAGAAUGCUUUGCGCAGCUUGCUGGAAGCUCUGACUAGCCCGCCCUAUGCGCCGACUCAGCAUCUUGAGAGAGAACAAGCCCUAGCAAAGCAGUUUGCAGAAAUCCUACAUUUCACCCUCAGCUUCGACGAGUUCAAGAUGACCAACCCUGCCAUCCAGAACGAUUUUAGCUACUACAGAAGAACCCUCAGCCGAAAUCGCAUUAACAAUUUACAGUUGGAUGCUGAGAGCGACGUUAACAAUGAAAUGGCCAACAGGAUGUCUCUCUUCUACGCAGAGGCCACGCCUAUGCUUAAAACUCUAAGCAACGCCACAACCAAGUUUGUUUCAGAGAACAAGACCCUCCCCAUUGAGGACACAACUGACUGUCUAAGCACCAUGGCCUGUGUCUGUAGGGUGAUGCUGGAGACCCCGGAAUACAGGAGCCGGUUUACCAACACCGAGACUCUUCUCUUCUGCAUGCGAGUGAUGGUUGGAGUCAUUAUCCUCUACGAUCACGUUCACCCCGUAGGGGCUUUUGCAAAGACCUCCAAAAUUGACAUGAAAGGAUGCAUCAAAGUCUUGAAAGAUCAGCCUUCAACCAGCACAGAGGGGCUCCUGAACGCACUGAGGUACACCACCCGGCACCUCAACGACGACACCACGUCCAAGCAAAUCCGGGCCCUGCUGCAGUGAGCGCCUCGAGAGGGGUGGGGUGGGGGGAUCUGUCUGGCUGAGGCCUGAUGGCUUAACUUAGAACUGUCAGCAGAAAAUUUUAAAUGUUGCCAUGUUGCUAUAAAUAACCAUGAUCAUAUUCCUCAUUUUGUAAAGAAAGGGAAAAAAGUUUUUAAAAAAUAAAAAUGCAGAAAUACAAGAACUAAGCAGCCCAGAAAUCCGCCCUCCCCAACGCCCCCAGCCUCCCUCCAAAGAAGAUCGGUGUCCAACUCUGGCAGGCUGUGUGUCACCCACUCCGUGCGUCUCCGUUCCAUUUCCCACCCCCAGCACCUCAUCAGUGGUGAUGUGACAUGUCCAGUUCUUAGCCUGCCUGAGUUUGGGGUGGGGGCUAGGGGAUGGAAGCCCGGGAGCAGGGGGGGCGUCCCAUGGUUCCCACAGGGGUACAAUGUAGGGUCACUUUAUCUGGACUACGCCCCCCAAGUGCGAAGGGAGGGGUCCAGGGCAGGGCCGGCAGGAAGCCGCCACUCCUGACAGAUGUAAAUAAUGUGCGCGAAUUACUCCAAGGGUCCGGCUGUGACGAUGAUGAUGAUGAUGAAGAAGAAGAAAAAGACAUCAUCUUGAAAACCUCCUGCACUGAGUCCAUUGAAAAUAGCUCAGUGGCACCUCUUAGAUUUUUAAUAUAAAACAAUUAAAAUCCACUCACCUGUUAUUUUGUACAUUUUUGUGUGAAAUAAAAUAACAUUUAAUCUGUU